AUUAUGAUGUUAUUAUUUAGUUAUGUUGUUGCUUGGUUACAUUUGAUGCCUCCGCACGUGGGAAGCUACCGGUUUGAAAGAUGCGGCUUCACUUGCUUUUCUGCACCAAGAUGGCAAGAAUCAGACGAAUGGAGAAAGCUGUUUGCUGGAGCGAUGACAGAUACUGGGCAACUUGGGACAAGUGGGGAGAGGUGAUUGACUGGGGAGAUGAGAAAGAGCUGUGCUCCCCAGCAGAAUCACCUUCUGACCAGGCUGACAGUUCCACUGAGUCACAUUCCCGAAGGCGAAUUGCCAAGGCAGUUAGCUGGACGGAUGAUGCUUAUUGGGCAGCCUGGGACAAGUGGGAAGAGAUCAUCUGCUGGGGUGAUGAAGAGGAGUGCUCCCAAGUAACUCCACCCACUAGCCAGCUUGGGAGGGAUAAGGGGAUAGAUGUACAUGGGUUGGAGGCUUUUGUGAUAAAUAACAGGACAAUCUCCAUAAAGCCUGUAGACAACCAUCAAGACAGUCUGAAGAUAGGAGCUGUGCUGGUAGACCUCUGCCAGUUUGAUCUCGAAUAUUUAGAUCAAAGUAAAUUUAAUUUUGAAAUUGUGCAAGUACAAAUUGGAGAAGUUGAAGUGGAGGAGACUAGAGAAAAGGCUUUUGAAAAAGCAUUUGAAUUGGAAAUUGUGGAUGUGGCAGUAGAAGUUAUAAACAGUGAAUUCCAGCCGAAUGCUAUAAAUUUGGAUAUUGUUGAAACUAAGGUGGACAAAUUAUUAUUGGAAGAACUGAUCGUUGGCGAUUUAGAAGCAGGCAAUGUGAAGGUGUCAGUAUCAAAUGGCAAUGUGGUGAAGGUACCCUUAAGGUACCCUUCACCACAGAGGAACAGAAGGACCAGGCAACCUUAGACCAUACUCUCUGGUGGUUGACUCGUGGCAACUGGACUUGUCUCUGAAACUUAGAAACGUUUCGCUGCUCAUCCAAUCAGCUUCUUCAGACUGAGGGAGGUAGUAAGUGUCCACAUAUUUAUCCUCCUGGGUAAGUAGUAUAAGGGGGCUCGUUGAGUGAAACAAAGUGGGGGGGGGGAGUUGCGGGUAGAUGUAACCAGUCCCUCCUACUCCAGUAGAGUGGGUCGUUAAGGGUGGUCCACCUGG